CAUGCCUUCAUUGGAUCAAAAUUUCACCUCUCUAUUUCCCCGAAAAUCCCUUUUUUUUUUCUUGGUUUCUCGCUCUUUCCUAUCACUCACAAACAACCUUCCAGAUUAGGGUUUCCUUUUUUUUCUCUCUCUUCGUCUUUUUUUUUCCCCAAAUCAACAAUCGUCGUUCAGCAAUUUCUCCUUUUCUGGUAAGUUUAAUUCCUCGGAAAUCUUUAAUUUUCUUGUUUAUAUAGUUUAAAUCUUCAAUUUAUAUUGAAAUUUCGCACAAUAUAUUCGGUGUUUUCUGCGCGAAUUUUGUCUAGUUUACCGUAAAAAAAUCUCUUUUUUUUUUGUUGGUUUAAUAGAACAAACUAGAAAUCACUAACCCUAAGUAACAAAGAAAUUAACAAUCAGAGAAGUGUAGAGAGAGAGAGAUGGAUGAUGCUGAAGGGGUAGGAGGAGGUGGAGAUCCGGUGGAACAGUUUCACCGUAAUGAAGCGAUUUCUGCUGUAACUGAUGAAGGUUUUGGUGAGGAAGAUGAUGAUUAUGAGGACCUUUAUAAUGAUGUUAAUGUUGGAGAAGGGUUUUUGCAAUCAUUGAGGAAAAAUGAGGAAUUAGGGUUUAGAAAUGAGGAGGAAAGUAGAACUCAACCUCAGGGUCAGGGUCAGUCUCAGCAGCCCCCAGCUGUGUUUAUGUCUGAGAGUGCGUCGUUGUCGAUUCCAGGUGUGGGGCGAGGCGAUGGGGAGAGGAAGUUUGAGGGAGAUGUGGGUAGAGUAGAUGGGUUUCAGAAUCAGGGUUUUAGAGGGAAUGAGGUGGUCAUGAAGGAAACGGUUCAGCCUAAUGGAGGAAUGGGUUCUGGGGCAGGAUCUGGGGUUUCGGGUGUGGGACGUGGGUAUGGAGGUGGAUUGAGGGUUGAGUUAGGGCCGCAAUCGAGUAAAGCAGGUGAUGUAGAAGAGCAAGCCAUUAGUAGUAUACAACCUCAAGGGGUAGGUCAGCCUCAGCAACCUCAUGGGAUGAGUGUAGGGAAUGUUGGAAAUGAAGGAAUGGUUAGACAGAGUGGUGGAGGUGGAGUUGUGAACAGGACUGCUGGGAAUAUGGGUGGAACAGGGAGUUCUGCUGUGCAAGUUACGCCGAUGGGUGCUGGUAUAGGUGGUGCUAAUGGAGCUGGGGCUGGUGGAACUAUCCUUUUUGUUGGGGAUUUGCAUUGGUGGACAACAGAUUCGGAACUUGAAGCUGAGCUCGUUAAGUAUGGGCCCGUGAAAGAAGUAAAAUUCUUCGAUGAAAAAGCUAGUGGGAAAUCAAAAGGAUAUUGUCAGGUUGAGUUCGGUGAUCCUGCUGCUGCCUCAUCUUGUAAGGAGGGCAUGAAUGGGCAUGUUUUCAAUGGCCGGCCUUGUGUUGUAGCCUUUGCGUCUCCAUAUACUGUUAAGAGGAUGGGUGAAGCACAGGUUAAUAGAAACCAACAGCCAGGGCAACAACCACUCUCACAAACAAGGAGAGGCCCUAGUGAUGCUACCAACAAGCCAACUGGAAACAAUAUAACAACCGGUGGCAAUUACCAAGGUGGGGAUCAGAACAGGAACUUCAUGAGAGGCAGUUGGGGGAGAGGCAAUCCUCAAGGCAUGGGUGGUAGGGGUCCAGUGGGACCAAUAAGAAACAGGCCUAAUGCAAUGACCGGAAGAGGUAUUAUGGGGAAUGGUGGCAAUGGGUUUGGUCAAGGUAUGGGUCCGACUCCUCCAUUAAUGCAUCCUCAAGCCAUGAUGGGUCAGGGUUUUGAUCCCACUUUUGGAGGGCCAAUGGGAAGAAUGGGCAGCUAUGGGGGCUUCCCUGGUGCACCUCAACCUCCAUUUCAAGGGCUAUUGUCUUCUUUCCCACCUGUAGCUAAUGUUGGUUUACCUGGAGUAGCUCCUCAUGUGAAUCCUGCAUUCUUUGGCAGAGGCAUGCCUAUGAAUGGUAUGGGAAUGAUGCCUAAUGCUGGCGUUGAUGGUCCUAAUAUGGGUAUGUGGUCAGAUCCCAAUAUGGGUGGAUGGGCUGGUGAUGAGCAUGGUGGGAGAGCUGGGGAGUCCAGCUAUGGGGAGGAAGCUGUGUCUGAUCAACAGUAUGGAGAGGCAAGUCAUGACCGAAGUGGCUGGCAGAAUCCUGCUAAAGACAAGGAAAGAGUUCCUGAGAGAGACUUUUCUGGGUCUUCAGAUAGGAGGUACCGGGAUGAUAGGGAAGCUGGGUAUGAACGGGAGAUGCCUAGGGAGAAAGAUGCAGCUCAUGAUCACGACUGGCCAGAAAGAAGACAUCGUGAUGACAGAGAGACUCGUGAUAGGGAGAGAGACCGUGACCGUGAGCGCUCUCGUGACCGUGAUCGUGAUCGUGAGCGCUCUCGUGACCGUGACAGGGAUAGGUACAGAGAAGAUAGAGAUAGAUAUGCUGAUCACCAUAGGUACAGAGACCGCGAAGCAGACUAUGAUGAUGAAUGGGAGAGACGGCCAUCAAGGACUCACAGUAAAUCCCAUGUAUCCCAAGAAGAAGAACGCCCAAGAUCUAGAGAUGCUGACUAUGGGAAGAGGCGGAGGCUGACUUCUGAAUAGCUGAGCAUUAUUACUAUGCUCGCUUUUUAGGUCGAAUGACUGAUACCUUAUUGAUAAGCUCUUUCUUGGCUACUUUAUUGGGUCACAAGUUAUGGUUCAUUUUCUAAGUCACUCAUGUACUUUUGUCUUUGGGGUGUGCUCUUCUGCUCGACAUAGGAGUAUUUGAAGGCAACCUUGACUCAGAGACUGAAGCUAGAGCGUGAGGGGCUUCUUGGAGAUGAAGGUGACCUGUUUUCCAAGUUGAAGUCGUAUUUUGCGUGUUUGUGCUGCAAACUUCCACCGCGACCUUUGCCCUUUUAGAUAUUGGCUAUCUUUUCAGUUUUUAUGUUAUAGUUGAAAAAUUUUCCAUGAAACCAAGUGUUGUGGAUGAUGAUGAUGCAUAUGGCUUGAGAACCUUAAAAGUCUCGGAUGUGGUGGCUUAUUCUAGAAAUUAAUAUUUGGAUGCUAUGUAAUAGGAUUUAUAUCUCCCUGAGGUUGUUGUUGCUAAUGUGCCUUAUUUGUGGUUGGAUUUUUGUUGUAUCA